GCUGCUUCCGGGCUCUCAUCAUGGGGGACUGAGAAGCAGCGCUGGCCGCCCGCGUCCUCCCCUCCAGGCCCUUGCCCGCCAGUCCCCGGCGUUGCUGCCGGCCCCAGCUCCGUCUCCCCUCGGCCCAGUCUCUGCGAAGUGGCGCCAGCCUCCCCGGGGAGCGGCCGGGGGAGGCGCCGGGUUCAUGUUCCGGGUCGCUGAACCUACCCCGACCCGAGCUCAGGCGGCGAGAAAGAGCUGGCAUUUCAGUAGGACUAUGGAGGAACUGGUUCAUGAUCUAGUCUCAGCACUGGAAGAAAGCUCAGAGCAAGCCAGAGGAGGUUUUGCUGAUACUGGAGAUCACUCUCGAAGCGUGUCCUGUCUUCUAAAGCGACAGGCAAGGAAAAGGAGGGGACGAAAAAGACGUUCAUUUACCACUCAUCAUCCUUGGGAGACUGGUCACUGCUUAAGUGAAGGUUCUGAUUCCAGUUUAGAAGAAUCAAACAAAGACUACAGGGAGAAUCAUGCUAAUAAGAAAGACCACAGUGACUCUGAUGAUCAGCUGUUGGUUGCUAAACGUAGGCCUUCCUCAAACCUAAAUAACAUUAGAGGCAAAAGACCUCUGUGGCACGAACCAGAUUUGGCUGUUGACAGUUUGGGAAACAGAACUUUGCGCAGGAGAAGAAAGGUAAAACGGAUGGCAAUAGAUCUGCCAUCAGAAGUCUCUAAUGCACUGACAAUAACUCAACAACAGGAUAACAGCAGAGAUCAAGAAAUGGACAAUAACAAUAAAUCAUACCAACACCAAGAGUUUUCCAAGAGCAAAGUGAAAAAAAGGAGAGUAGCGGCAGCUCGACAAGGACCGGAAAUCUUGGAUGAAGGAGUAGUUAUAGAAAAUGAAGAAGUGAACCAAGCAAAUAAGGACAAAAUGGAAUAUGAGGAGCAAAAAGGCUCAGAUGAGAACAUGAGCGACAGUGAAUCCAGCAGUCUGAGCAGCAGUGAUGCUGGUUUGUUUACCAAUGAUGAGGGAAGACAAGGUGAUGAUGAGCAGAGUGAUUGGUUUCAUGAAAAUGAGUCUGGUGGAGCAUGUGGAAUUACGGGGGUCAUUCCAUGGUGGGAACAAGAAGACUCUGCAGAACUGGAGAGAGAAUUGCCUGAUCCAGUCUUUGAAAGUAUCUUAACUGGUACUUUCCCUCUUAUGUCCCGUUCGGGGAGGAGAGGUUUCCAGAGUAGAUUUAGUCAUCUUCAUGGAAUGCCAGCAAGAAACAUAAAAAAGGCUUCGGGAAAUCAGAAUGCAUUGAUAACUCCAGGACCAGGCGGUAGCAGGAAAACAGUUCACUUGUCCCAGGAUUCUCUUCACCAUGAUGUCAAGAUUUGCCCCAGCCACUGGUUUAGCCCCGGGGCUAGGAAGGAGCAUAGCCAGCUUCAACUCUUGCGAGACAACCGAUCAGAGAGAGGACACAAGAAGAACAGCUCUGUAAAAACAGCUAGCAGGCAAACCAGUGUACAUUUAGGAUCAUUGUGCAUGGGAGACAUCAAACGGAGAAGGAAAGCUGCUCCCCUGCCAGGACCCACAGGGUUUGUGGGUGAAAACACUCAACCAAUCCCAGAAAACAACAUUGGAAACAGAAUGCUUCAGAGUAUGGGCUGGACCCCUGGCACAGGCCUUGGACCAGACGGCAAAGGGAUGGCAGAGCCCAUACGAGCCAUCCAGAGACCCAAAGGACUCGGACUUGGAUUUAGCUGACAGAAAUGCACUCUGGCUGCCCGAGAAAAAUAAAGCUCAAAAUUCAUUUAAAAAGAAAAAAAAAAAAAAAGAAAAAAGGAAAAAAAAAAAAGGCAAACUUACAUUACUUGUUGUGAUCGGCAAAUCCAGUCGUUAUUCUCUCAAAGAUCGCUGAAGUCAGUGUGCUUCACAUUAGUUACACCAGCUGCAAGGUACAGCCACAGCGACAGAACCGGCAUUCGAGGCUAACUUUAAUGGUGCUAAAAUGUACAAAAACUUCUACUUUUUUAUUUUCUGUGGUCUUAAAGUUUGUAUUAAGCAUAAAAUUCAGUAUAUUCACUUUUUUUUUUUUCAUAAAAGCUUCUGACAGCAGGUUUUAGUAUAUAAUAAGCAAAUUUUUUUUGGUAAGUAUAAUUUCAUGUCGAGAGCCUUGAUAAGUUUUGUCGAGGAAAGUGGAACUUUUUACAGCCAUUAUGUUUUUCCCCCUUUCAGGCAAAGUUUCCUAACCUGGUAUUUCUAGUGUUUAACAAUAUUUGAGGACAAGCUGUCAUUUUGCCCAUAAGAUAUACACAUUUCCUACUGGAAGGUGAUACGGCACGCAAUUUUGUAUAAGAGCAUGAAAAGUGGCUUUGUUGUCAUAGGAAUGCCAUUCCAACACCAUUAUCUGGCAACGUGUCACUGUCUUCCACGUUGAAGCUCAAAAGUAAAGCUUUUAUACUUGUUUUACAUUUACAGGAUUAUCUUUUUUCAGCAAAUAUUUUAAAAAUUUAAAGUUUAUUCUGACUUUGGAUUUCCCUUGGUUUUAAUAAUCCUCAGUGUUUCCACACUUAAGAAUAGUUUGAGCUUUGAACCAGGAAAUUGUAUUUUAAAGAUGACUGUCUUUCAGUGUUUAUAUUCUGGGGUUUGGCAUAUUUUAAACAAUGCAGUGUUCAACAUCGUGUUAUCGUUUGGGUUUUGAUCGUGCUGGUGCCAAUGAGCCACAACCUUUAAGGAUCAUGAACAGAAAAAGGGCAAGGAGAAGCGGGAUUAGGGUGGAGGAAAGGAAGGAAGAAGAUACUUUGAUGGCAUCUCGCAAAUCUAAGCUAGCAAUUUAAAAUCAAGAGGGAUCAUUAAGUGUUUUAAUCAGUAUCCUAAUGUAUCUAAUGUCAGCAGAAGCAAUUUCAUUAAGCACCAACCAAUCAAGCUCCUAGGGUACUUAUUGGUCUGCAGUAUAAAACAAAUUCCACUUCAAAAUUAAAUGAUAGGGCUGAAGGAAACUGUUGUUCAGAGGGACUAAGGAGAAAAUCCUGCCCCCCCCCCCCCCACCCCGGUAGCUGGCAAUAUUUACCCUGACUACACAGGGAAAGGGAUUUGAUUCUCCAGUCUUUUUUUCUUCAAGAGGAGGAUCUCUCCCUUCCUUUGCUCCCAAACUGCAGACAAAAAUACUUACUUCCAGAUGCUUGCAAAGUAUUCCUUAGAAUAAAAAGAGCACAGCUUCAUUCAUGUGACUGUGAAUAUAGUGAUGAAUUUUAAGAAGUGUUUUAUUACUUUUCUAUUUCUCUCAACUUCACCCAUUUUUCCAGAAAAACAAUACUAGGAAAAGGAGUAGCAGCAGCAUUAUAGCAUUGAAUUUGCUUAAAAGAAAUGUUCUUGCUUUCCACUGUGAGUACUGUUGGUUUGGGACUAUUGUUUCACCAUACACAUAGUGUAGAGUAAAAGGUUAGUACCUGAUAUUGUUUUUAAUGAUAGCUGAAUGCACAUGUUCUCUGAGUUUCAGGAGAAGUAUUUAUUGCUGUUUAAAUACUUAAUAUAAAUGUGUGGGUUUGCUUUUUUAAAGAAGAAAUUUUAAACAGACUUGGGAUUUAUAAUCAACACAUGUACUUUUUAUCGGAAGGUUUUGGGGCAUAGCAUAAUGUGAUUUUGCCACUUCAAAUAUCUCUUGCACAACUAAACUGAAUUAAAUGCAUUCCAUAUCCAAAGAAUUUCAGGGCCACGUAACUGCAAAGGGCUGAGCGCCUGGAAUUCUGCAGCUAGCUAGAGGUGCCCACUUGGAUAAGUGUUAUUUAAAUAAUGAAUUUGUGGCGUGCUCCUGGUCUUUCAAUGCAAUGCGCUACUGACAGCGAGUGAAUUCUGAAGACCUCUUCGUAUUGUGCACAAUCAAACAUUCCUUAAAAUAAUUUUCAACCUGUGAAUUGUGAAAGUAAAUCUUUAAAUUCGGGUUGUUCUAGCUCUGUUUGCAAAACUGUAAAGGAAUAUUCAUUCUCUGUUAAAAUUCCAUUGUUGUGCUUUGGUUACAACACCUGCGUAUCGCGGUCUGGAGACUCUAAGUAUGGCACAUAUAACACUUGUUUGAAGUAUUUCUGUAGCAGUAGUUCCUCAAGAAAUCAGUCUGCAGCUCCAAAAGCACUUGAAAAUGUUUCCUCUCUUAAAAAGAUAAGAGGGAAAUAAUGGAUACAUGUUGAGAGAAAACCUCUUUAGCCCAUUCAGCUCUUUAUUCACCCAUUCAUCCAGAUACAGUGAAGGAGCCGACCUAGUGUACUGCCAAAAUGGUAGAACUACUUAGUCUGAUUGGAAAUCUUACAAGUUUUUGUUUUAAGUCAAUCUGUUAGUGAGAAGCUAUUAGACAUUCAGACUAGUCAAAUUGAUUUUGAUAUGGAGAUAGAUACACCUUGUCUGUUUUUCAGCAGGUAUUCUCAUAGGUGCCACAGCUGACAGUCAACUUUUUCUGUUAGAAGCUGUAGAACAAAGUGAUUUAUUACAUAUUUUAAUGUAGUGUUUUGAGAUAUUUUUAUGUUGCAGUAAAAUUUCCAUUCCGAUUCACACUAUCACUUCAUUUCUGUUUUUCCACAUCUCACAGGAGUGGUUUUAAAGAUAUUCCAGGAGUGUGAUUUUGCACAGCUAAAAGUAUUGUUUAGAAACAAAACAAAAAUACAUUGUACUCUUUUUUUUAAAGUCAUUGCGAUGUUAGUCGGCUUUGAAACAAGUCAGAGUACUUGGAUUUAUUUUUUUUUUCUUCAAGUUUUUCCCAUACCUCACUUGCAGUCAUACUAUGAUAUCUGCUAUAAAGCUGGCUCACGUUAUUUUAAAAUACACAUACAAGUAUUUUGAGACGAUAAUUCCUACUGGCUGUGACACUGAAGAUUUUUUGCCUACGCAAAUAAAUAUGGAAUCAUCUUGUAUCUAAAGGUUACCAUCCAUCACUCACCAGAUUCUUUCCACUUAGGUGUUUGAUUAAUCGGUAGCUCAGCUGUUACCAUAAUAUUCUGCUUAUGCAGAAUGUUUAGUGGAGAGAAGAGACAGUUGCGUAUGAUCAGCAUUGCAUUUUGCUACAUGUUCCAUGGUGUCUCAAAGUUGCUGUGAAUUGAGCCAUUAACUGUUAAUAAAAGAAACCCAUGAGCAGUAUCUUAUUUUUAAAUAAAUAUUUGUCGAAGUCAGAGGAGCCUUAUCAAUAUGCUCAUUUUAACAAGUUUGUCCCUGCAUUUGUCUUUUUGCAAUUAGGUCAAUAAUGGGUGUAGAAUGGCAGUAAAUAGCUAAAUAAUAUGUAUAGAACGCUUUGCUUUAACAGCACAAGUGCAAGAUGAAAUAAAAUAAAUAGACUGUUCUUCAUGAGUUCUGUAUGUUCUUUUCUUUACACUGCCCUUUUCAGUGGUGUCGGUUUUGCACAGGUGAGUACAAAAACUUGCUGUUUCUGAAAAUGUAAUUAAGGUUGCUAAUAUCUUGUAGCAAGCAGAUGCAUAUCAUGCUAAAGCUAUGAUACUACAUAUAGUAUUAUAUGUACCUUUUUACUAGUACUUCUUUUCUAGGUGGCUAUUAUCUAGCUGAAAAGGUGACACCAUGACAUCAGGAAAUGCCUUAAGAUGUUUGCAGUACUUUUGUUAUCAUAUUCUUCUAAGACAUUUAAAAACAAGUUCUCUUCACUCUCUAAGUAUGUGUAUACUUCUUUAACUGUGACAGGACUUUGUGCGUUCUCUUCAAACAGUUCCCCAAAACUUUCCCUCCAAGGAGAACUCACACAACCUCUGUUUUACCUUCCCUCUCGCCACGCUCCCAGGGCAGUUUCAGUACAGGUGUACCAGAAAUGGGGAUCCCUUCCCUCUUACUCUAAAGUCAAGAGACUUUAAUUAGACUUUCAUUCCCAGCAGAGUUUUCAGGCGCAGUUGGCAUAGUUAGCACACAAUAAUUGCAUCACCGAGUUACCCACAAAAGGAGUCCCACACCUAAGGGCAGUGUGUGUCUGUUCAGUCUCAAAAAACACAGUCAGAAUUAUUUCUUUAUUGACCUGUAGUCCAGCUGUAAAGCUAACGUAAAAUGUUAAAAGAGAAAAUGGCAUUUUUAAAGGUUGUUACGUGUUUUUGCUUUGAAUUCUCCCUGGAAAAGGUUUUAUUGUUAUCAAGUGGGGGCUUUUUACAGGGACAGUAUUUAAGAUUGGGAAUUUUUUAAAUUUUUUUUUUUAAUGACCUCUCUGUAGCUGAAAAAGUCUUGAAGGAGGUGCAGCAAUUUCAGCAUGGAUGUUGUGCUUGUCUCAAGUGAGGGUUUUUGCUAAAAAAAAAAAAAAAAAGUAAAAAUUUUACCAGCAUAGAUUGAUAGAAGCUGUAUCUGCUGUCUACUAAGCUAUAAGAGAGCCUGUCCAGCAAAACUGUCAACAAACUUCUCAAUGUAAGUGUGCUUUCAGUUAUUGUGGAAAACUGGACAAAAGUUUCAUGACUGACUGGUAGUAGGUAACUCUAGUGCAAAUGUUUGGGCUUCCGUUGAUUCUCCUAUCCUACAACAAAACAGAUAAUGGAGGUAUUUCCACUCUGAUGGUAAAGUGCUUGUAUUUGGAUAUUCAAUCUUUAAGUAAAAGACUGAAAAUCACUGAGAUUCUGUAAACUUGAUCUCCUGCAUCUAUGAGAACUGUGGUUCUUAACAGCUAUGAAAAGUGGUUUGAAUUAAUACGAGGUAUUCCAUCUGUAGAAAGUUACAAUUUUGGCCUGACUGCUUAUAGCAUUGCUAUGAUGAAUUUAAGUACUGGGGAGUCUGACUUCUGAGACUAUGAAUGUAAGUCAUUGUUCU